AUGAUCAACACCUCCCUCGCCGACGGCAUUCUGCGAAGUUGCUGGGAAAUGGGGACACCACUCCCAUCCGCAGACACGGGAAGGACACACGCCGCACAGAGAAAGUUGUCGGCCACUCCCGCUGCUCUCUGUCCUGCCAGUGGUGAGCGAAGGACUGGUCCACCGCCGCCUGUCAGCACUGCUGGCACACCACCGGCGUCAGCCUGGAUCCACGCCACGACGCAUGGCCUCGGAGUUGGUGACGCCUGUGAGUGUGACGAAGCGGCACGAGGGCUGAGCGGGUGCAUCGCUGUGGAGUGCGAGCGUCGCAGGGGCAUCAUCCCGCGCUGCACCGUCGCCGUUGCCGCUCUCUCGCCGUCCCGCUCGGCAUCUCGACUGCGUUCGACACCGUUGGCGAUGGGCGAGUGUUGGCUGUGCUCUGCGGGCUCCCGCGCCUGGGCCGUCGCGCCCAACGCUGGUAGCGCAAUCACCUGCGAGACGGCUGCGUUGGGGUGA